AUGACUGACUACUCAAGAUUUGAAGACGAUAUUAUUGUUAACUCAUAUCAUGCCCAAUCACCUAACCGCAAUGGAGAUGUUCCAUUAAGUAUUAAUGAUUCAACAAUACCAAAUGAAGAUGGUGAAAAUAUAGAUUUAAGAAAUCACUUUGACGGUCGCCUUGAUGUGAUAUUUAGUGAUGGUGAUCGUAGAAUAGAUGUAAAUCAAUUUUGGGAGAUGAACUACCAUGAAGCAUCUAUAUUCCUAGAAGAAGGAGAAAAUAAUGAAAAAUUUGAUUCUCAUCCACAUGAACCUGAAGCUCUUCCAGCUUACCUAUUGGUACACAAUGAUUGGUACUAUGGAAUGGAUUUAGCUACAUCAUUAGUUUUGAUUGUAUUAGCAUUUGCAGAAGAUCCAGCCACACCACCAUUUAAAAUGCCAAUUGCUCUACACAGUAUUAUUGAACUGUUUGCCUUGGCAGUAAUUGGUCUUGGUUUAGCAUUAAAACUUAGAUGGAUGGGUUGGUUAACAAUUUUGAAACACAAACGGACCAUGUUAAAAUGUAUUACAUUGACAAUAAUGAUUGUUGAAGCAUUUGUAGUGUUGAUACGUCAAACAUCUCAUUUCCGAGUAUCAAGAGCAUUGAGGCCAAUUUUCUUAGUCGAUACUCAUUACCUGGGCGGUGUUCGGCGAUUUAUUCGACAAAUACUCCAAUCAUUACCUCCAAUAUUUGAUAUGUUGUUGUUGAUAUUUUUUUUUGUCACUGUAUACUCUGUGCUUGGGUAUUAUUUAUUCAAAAGUACUACAGAUGUACACAACCAUUUUGACACUUUAUUUAACAGUUUUGUCAAUAUGUUUGUUUUGUUAACUACAGCCAAUUUUCCAGAUAUCAUGAUGCCAGCUUAUUCAAAAUCUAAGUGGUAUUCUCUGUUCUUUAUUUCAUACUUAUGCAUUGUAUUAUAUCUUCUCAUGAAUUUGAUGUUGGCUGUGGUUUAUGAAACAUUCACUAGUAUUGAAAGAGAUAAAUUCCGAAAAUUACUAUUGCACAAACGCCAAGCAUGUAAAAAUGCAUUUAAACUACUUUUGACUAAAGAAAAUCCUAACCAAAUGGAGUUUGCUCAGUUUGAAGGAGUAAUGAGAUAUUAUGCCCCCAAAAAAGGCAACCGAGAUUUAUUAGUGAUGUUUAGAUAUUUGAACACAAGUGGAACUGGUUCAUUGACCAUUGAAGAAUUUUACGGGAUAUAUGACUCUGUAAUGAUGACUUGGCAACCACAAGCUUUAGAUACACCUUGGUACUUCACAGCAUCUCCUACAGUACAACGAAUUUGUCAAACUGCAAAUUCAAUAAUUUCAUGGCCAUACUUUGAUCAUAUAUUUUAUGUUUUAACGACCUUGAAUGGUAUUGCAAUGAUUGAACGAGGAAUGCAAUCUUAUCCUAGUUUACAAACCUCAGUACUUGCAUUUAGUGCCGGAUGGGACACUUGCUUCUUCUUAGCAUGUUUUACUCUAGAAGUAGCAUUGAAGACACUUGGCAUGGGAUUAGAGCGCUAUUUUUCAUCUGGCUGGAAUUUAUACGACUUUGUUGUGACCUUUGGAGGUUUGAUUGCAGUAAUAUCUCUACGUCUGUUUCCAGAUUUUGUCUAUGUAGUCGUUUUUAGACCACUUAAGUUGUUGCGAUUGUUUAAAUUGAAGAAGCGCUAUCGAGACAUUAUUGGUACUAUGGCAAUCUUAUCACCUUUAAUUAAGUCAGCUGGAUGUGUUAUGCUCGUCAUGUAUUAUUUUUUUGCCAUAAUUGGAAUGGAACUGUUUGCUGGUUAUGAUAUGAGAAAUUGUUGCAAUGGCACAAACAUUGAAACAUAUUAUAAAUACACUCCUGACAAAUCUGGUUAUUAUUAUUUAAACACUUUUCCUAAUUUGGCUGUCAGUCUUGUAACAUUAUUUGAAUUAACGGUUGUGAAUAAUUGGUUCGUUGUGAUGAAUGGAUAUGCGACUAAAGUUCAUGCUGCUAGUCGAGCAUACUUUGUAUUAUUUUAUCUCUUCACCAUGGUUGUGUUAACUAUAGUUGUUGCAUCAGUUCUUGAAGCUUUUAGGUUCCGAAUUCAAUACAAAAAGCAAACUACAAAACGAGACGAGGAAAAAUUGCUCCAUGAGGAGAUUGAAUUAAAAUGGGAAGAUGUUAUGAAUUAUGUAAAAGAUUUCCAAGCAUUACAAAAAUACCGAUCAGAUAUGUUUGUUGGAGUUGGUAAAAUAUCAUUUCUGGGAAGUCGACCAAGAAAUCGUCAAGUAUUACAGCGACGAAUGUAUAGACAUGAAAUUGAACAAUGGAUGCAAGAAGCUGCUGCUAUUGAUAGACGUCUAUAAACCAUCGAGUUUUUAAACAAUGAAGAAAAUUAAUUUAACUGAUGGGUUCAAUUUAAAGGUAGCUUACUUAUUUACCUUUGUCAUACAAUUCGUAUAAGGCGAGAAUAAUUAAUAAUUUUAUUUAACAAUUAACCUAUGCUAAUAAUUUUUUCAUUUGAAACAUAUUUAACAAUUGAAACUUAUUUUUUUUUUAAGUUAUAUGAAAAUUAAUUUUUUCAAAUCACAUUUUGAUUGUAUAUUAAUUUAAGAUUAUGCACUUAUGAUACUUAUCUUAUAAGUUCACAAAGUACUUAAGAGCAUUAUUGAAGAAAUUGGCUGGCAUUUUAAAGUGCUGUUCAUUGAGUUACAGACAAAACUAUUACAUUAUACAGUAUUGAAAAAAUUAGCCUGUGAUUAUAGUAUUAUUUCGAACAAAUAUGAUCAAGUAUUCAGUUACUAUUUUUUUAGUUUUUUUUAUUUUUUAAUUUAAUUUAUCAUUAUUGUUUUUUCUGUAUUAAUAUUAUUUAUUUCUGUUAUGAAUCAAAUAUUUUUUCUGUGAUUUAUUUUUUAUUACAUUAAAUAUUGAAUUACACCUAGUAUUAUUCAAUACAAAUUUUAAGUUGAUAAGACGAUUAUACCUAACUGUGAGAUAAUAAAUUAAUAUUUAUCUAAUUACUUAAAAAGAGUUUAAAUUGUUGAUUUAAAACACCUAAACUCAUGGGUUGGUGAAUAAAUAUGUAAGUUCUGAAUGAAACUAAACUUUAUGCCUAUUCAAGAUUCAAUUCAAUUUCUAUAUGUGAUUUACUCCAUUAACUCUUCUUUUUUGGGCUUAUGAGUUUAAUUUUUAAUAAUACCACUAUAUUUAAAAGAAAAUGUAUCAAUAUUCAUCUAUUUAUGUAUGACAGUAAAAAAAGCUAUGUUGAUAAUUUAUUAUAUAUUAUAAAAACAUACAAUUGUUAUGAACCCUUGAUUUAAACAUGUUAUUAAAUAUUUAAUACUUUAUACACUAUUAUUAAAACUCUAACAAUGUAUAAUGACUAAUACCAUCCACAGUAUAUAAGUAUAUACAGAGUAUAUAUAACCAUUUUAAUGUUUUUUUUUUUUUUACAUUUUUAACUUUAUUUCUAGUUAAUGUUUUUAAUUACUAAUGUAUUAAUAAUGUAUAUUGGAAAGCCACGAUUUUUAUAACAUAAUGUAUUUUUUAAAAAUCCGAGGUAAUAUUUGUGUAAGUAUUUUAAUGGUUAAAUCACUUAUUUCCAUCAUGGUUAUAAGUCUUAAAUUUAAACAGGAGGUGGGCAAAUAUAAUAUAGGACUUAACCUAACACAGAGAGCACUCUGUAAAUAAUUUUUUUAACCAAACAUUAUUGCAUCAUUAUGUUAGUUUAGCUAGUAACACAUAAUUUUUAAUAACUAUAUAAUAUUUUAAGUAGCAUAAUUGUGUUAUUAUUUCGUUAAAUUUUAUCUGAAUUAUUUUAUUAUUUAAUUAUAACCUCUCACUUAUUAAAUGCUAUUAUCUUUGAUGUUUAUCAAAAUAUUUGUGUACUUUCACAAUACAUGGCCAUAAUCAUUGAUACUUUCUUAAGUUUCUUUUAUCACAUAAGCUAAAAAUAGCUGUAAACAUAUAUUAUCACUAUAUAUAUAUAUUAUACCUAUAACCUAUGUUUAAUUAUAAUGUAAAACAAACAAAAUAGAUUUUACACAUCAAGUAUUUGAUCUUUUGCAAAUAUAUUGUAGCUGUGAUCACAUAGUAUUAUUAAUUACUAUAAAUAUAUUUAUAUAUGACAGUGCAGUCCAAAAAUUUUAAGUCUUCCUUACAAUUUCUCGAAUAGAAUGAUUAUACAGUUCCUAAAAAUUAAAGAAAUUAAAUUAUUAGUAUUGACUUGAGUAUUUUUCAAAAACCACUGACACUUUU